CUUCCGGUGACGCCCAAGGCGCGCAGCAGCAAGCUGGAGAUUCUGAUCUCGCGCCCGUGGUGUAGGGUGGUAAAUGGGUCUCGGUUUGGUUAUGGUAUGGUCAUGUCACGUGAUAACCCUAACCUAACCUAUAACUUAACCCAAACUCUUUUUGCUUUUUAGGUUAUAGUAUAGCUAAAAAAAAAGGUUAUAGCUUAGGUAUAGUUUUAAAGAUAUAGGCUAUGCGUAAGUCUAUACUUAAUAUGUCUAGUUAGUUUGUAUUGCUAGUAAGUACUACUAUAAGCUAACUAUAUAACUAUGCUAUAACUUACGCUUAAGCUACUCUAACUAUAACUAUACCUAUUCUUAGAUUGCUAUAACUAUAAGUUAGCUAUAACCCUUUUUUUUAUAGCUAAACCCUAACCAUGACCAUAAUAGCCAUAACCAUAACUAGAUAACCCAGCUAUGGUUAGGUAUAGCCCAUUCGCCAGCCUACCGUGGUGCCACUCACGAAUGCCCUUCAAAUUGACGACGAAGCUGCCGCGGAUGCGCAGCUACCCGGUCAUACCGUUCAGCAUCAAGAUCCCGCACCUAGCCCUGAUCCUGGACCGGCGCCCAAGUUGGACGGCAUUCCGAAAGAAAUGUUUCAUAAAAUUGCGAUUUUACUGGAUAACGAGAGUCUACAAGCGCUUCGCUUGACGAGCAAGACGUUACUCGAUCGCGCUGAUUACCAGUUUUCCAAGCGCUACCUCCAAGAGGUCAGUGUGCUAUUUCAUCCCGAUGACCUCGGUAGACUUGUUCAUCUCAGCCACGAGUCCGGAUUUGCGGGGGUGAUUCAGUCGGUGAUGAUAUGUAUACCUCAUCACAAUAGUCUAGCAACGUGGCAGCUAUUGGUUUUCCAGGAAGACACGUUGUUGGAACUAGGUUCACAACUCUGUCAAGCCUUGGAGAGAUUUACCAAUAUCAAGGUAGUCACGGUCGCCGAUAUCAAUGCGCCUGGAUGGAUAGAGCCACCUCUUUAUCGUAGAAUCCAAGAUCUGGUCGAGAUCAGCACUCGAGCGCAGUACCGGACCAUCUUAUCUCCACUCAACCUACGGAAGAUUCUGAUGGACGCCCUGACAAAUUUCACCAAGAAGAAAGAUGAGCUCGACUUGCAUAUAACUUCCAAUUUCGUAGCUGCGGGAUUCUGUGAGAAAGACUGCGAGUCUACCGCACUAUGGAAUGGCUGGGCACCUUACAUCGAUCGUUUUACCUGGGGAUAUUCGAAUCCUCACGUAUACCAUGCCGCGGACGAGUAUUGGUUCGAGGACCCCCUUCCAAACAUGAAACCCAAGACUCUGGUUGUGAAGGACUUCGGCGUUUUGUGUCCUAUCAUCUGCAGCCCCUUGCCUCGCACCAAUCUACGCAUGGGAAUAGCGCCCCCAGAGAAACUCCUACGUCUGCAGAAACUGGAAUUGUCGUGUGUAUCAGUUCCGCAUGUAUCUCUCAUGGACCUACUCAAUAGGACUGAACUCCAUAUUAUUAAAUUUGUAGGUUUCAAUCUGGAGAGCGAACGCCAACCCAUUUCCACGACUGGGACUGAGUGGGACUUUGAAUCUUGGGUGAAGAUCUGGACUAGAAUGCUCAAGAACGAAGAUUUGCAAUCACUUCACUUCUCAAACAUCAGCCGUGACUGCCGGGAUCUUGAGAACGAUUGGGAUUUGAAGCCCCCACAACUCGCGUCCAGUCACUCAGGUUGGGAAGGCCACAUAUUGGUGAAAGAGAAACUCCAGGGUUUGAUAAAGACUUAUCAACCGGCCCGAUUUCCUGAAUGGCGCCAUCUGUUUUGGGUUGACCUCUGUUUCUGGGAGAAGCAAGCGACGGACAACGAGACGGACACCAGCGGUUGGAUGGAAGACCUUUCAGCGCAGCACAUUUCAACUAAAGGGUAUCGUGAUGCGGUAGAUCCCCGACUCGAUUACUACACGCCAGACGAUGCCAUUCAAGGUUGUCCUGACAUCUUCUGA